ACGAAAUGUGUAAAAAAAUUGGGAAAAUGACAAAAACGAUGCAUUUUCUUUUCGUUUAAGAUUUGAUUUUGGAUGAGCAUUUUGGUCAAUAUAGAGUUUGAAAUCGUUGUGAUCUUUUGACGAAACAAAGGGAACAUUUGUAUAAACAAAACACAAAAAAAAACAAUAUGAGCAACCGAUGAAUGUGAAUAUUAUGCUUGCAUUGUGCUUGAUUUAGCCGAUAUGAAAAAAUUUUUAAGCAUAAAAAAUUCACAAGGAAUUUAUGUGGCGCGUGCAUCGUUCUCAUCGGAUGAAACUGUGAUCGAUUUUGUGAAUAGCAAAAGUACGGACAAUUGUAAUAUAAAACCGAUUUCCAUUGCCGUUACACCUGACCAAUUAAGAGCAACAACAGCAUCAGCCGUCGCAGCAUCAGCUUCAUCAAGUGAAUUGACUGCAUUUGAAUCAUUUGUCGACGAUACCAUUUCAGUACCAUCGCAAUCGUUGAUUGUGGCAAAGUCGAAUAGCAAGAAAAAUAAGCGUUUAAACAAAGUACUAACAUUACUACAUUUGAAAAAGAAAACGACCACAAUAUCAACGUCAACAAAAAUGAGUGACAUUUUAAAUGAUGAUGCAACAAAGAAAACGUCGAUCGAUGAAAUGCCAUCAACAAGCAGUUCAUUUCCGCAGUUACCAACACCAAAAGCUGUACGAAGCAAAGGUCGUACGGCGGCAUUGGUGAAGAAAUUUUCAUUGACACCGAAAAAAUCACCGCCAAAAGAAUUAAGUGUUAAAAAAUCAGCGAUUCCAUUACGUACAGCAACAAGUGUUGAAACAAUAUCGAAUACACCACAAUUGGCACUACGGAAUCGGGUCGAAACGACCACCAAUGUGAGUCAUCACAGUGUGUCCGAAAUGAAUCUGGUGAAUAUUGAUUAUCGUCAGGAGAGCACCGGUGAUAAUUUGGAUAUUGGUGUUAAAGUUGGUCAAACACAAUAUCGAACAAUACGUAGUAGCAUUGCAAGCGGUUCGAUCGAUGGAGGUGGUGGUAGCGGUGGCGGUGCAGCGCGUAAUUUGAGCAUUAAAAGCGGUAUUUCGUCAGCAAAUGACGGCAACAGCAACAAUAAUAACAAUAGUAAAUUGGGCACAGGGCGAAAGAGUACAAGUUCGGAAAAGUUACAAAUUACAAUAUCAGGUAAGAAACGUACGAACACAAUUGAUUCGGCAUUCGAGUUGCAGCAACGCAAACAACAAUCAUUGUUGUCAAAUACAAACGAAAUUGAACCAUCAAGAAUUGAACGUAAAGCAAUGCAACAAUCACCAAAGAAAUUCAAUAUCAACCAUGAUCUAACACUUAUGAAUACGGUUGGUGUACCACCAGCACCAAAAACGCAAGCACCAUCGGCAAUACCAUUAUAUCGAGCUGUUGCUGUUACAGCAGCACCAACAACAGCAACAACAACAAUGACGGCUUCCAUAAAAAAUGUCGGACAACGCGGUACAACCAUCAAAGCACAAUCGACGAUGCAAUCGCAACAAUCAGUCGAUACGAGUGCUUCAGUUGGAAAUGUUCAAAGCGAAAAGAUCGCUGCAUACGGUAAAACCGAUUUUUUAACAAUUACCAGUUUUGAUGUAGACGAACCAGACGAUAUAGCUGCAGCCACAAAGCUUCCGAUUCAUGAUAAAGACACAUCACUAUUCACCGAAAUAAUUGAGGCAGAACGUCGAAAUUCGAUGUCAAUGGAUUUGCCAGAACGUGAACGCCGUUAUCCAGGCGUUGCGGCCAGUGAAACCAUUAAAUUUGGCCAUCAAUCGACCAGUUCAAGUGAUACAAAUGGCGGUGGUCAAGAAACAUCAAAAUCGCCACCUUCGCCACCAUCCUCAUCGCCACCACAUCAGCAUGAAAUCGUACCAAAAGUGAUUAUUGAAGAAGUUGCCACAUUGAAAAGUGACAAAACUUUCGAACCAACAUUAUCGGCCGAUAUAGGUGAAGAUGCAUCCAACAUUGAUGGCAAGGAUAAAGAGCUACUAAUGUACACAUUAACCCAAUCGAGUGGCGCAAAAGUAUUGCAACCGAAUGAGGAGAACGAUACAACGCAACCAACACUACAAUUUGAGCGACGAAAUAUGUCAUCGUCGCCGGAGAAGCGCGAGCACUUGUACAAAAUACUAGUCAUCGGCGAACUUGGAACUGGCAAAACAUCAUUUAUCAAACGGUAUGUGCACCAGUUUUUCAGCCAAAACUAUCGAGCCACAAUCGGUGUCGACUUCGCAUUGAAAGUAUUGAAUUGGGACCAAAACACAAUUAUUCGAUUGCAGCUAUGGGACAUUGCAGGUCAAGAGCGUUUCGGAAAUAUGACGCGCGUUUAUUACAAAGAAGCGGUUGGCGCAUUUAUUGUGUUUGAUGUCACACGAAGUGCAACAUUUGAUGCUGUCAUUAAAUGGAAACAAGAUUUAGACUCAAAAGUGCAAUUACCAAACGGAAGCCCAAUUCCAUGCAUACUGAUAGCGAACAAGUGUGAUCAACCCAAACAAGGUAUCGUCAAUACUCCGGCCAAAAUGGAUGACUAUGUAAAGGAGCACGGUUUUGCUGGCUGGUUCGAAACAUCGGCCAAAGAAAACAUUAACAUUGAAGAGGCAGCACGAGCAUUAGUCAAUAAGAUUUUGUUAAAUGAUAAGAUUAUUAAUGCCGGCGAAAUACUUGAUGGGGAUAAGCUUAAUUUGGAUAGUAGCAGUUCAGAGCGUCCGAAGAAAAAUUGCUCUUGCUGACGUUUUAUUUAUAGCAUGAAGAUAUCGAUGUUUGAUCUAAUCUAAUCGAAAAAAAAGUACCGUUUUUUGUUGGCGAACAUAUUUUGAGAUGUGUGUCCAUCAGAUCGAGAAGCAGUUUUUAACACGUUGAAAAGUUAAGACAUCAGAAAAAUAAAUAAUAAUACACAAAGAAGAGAAUAUCAUCUACUUGAGAUUAUUCAAUAUGUUUCAAGUGAACGAACACACACAGAGAGAUAUUUAAUAAUUGAUUGCGUUCAUUUUUAUUAAAAAUAAAAUUUUCAAUGUGUUUUUAAAAAAAAUUAGCACUUAAAUCCCAAUUACCGAAACCAAAAAAAAAAAAAUCAUUCGAAAAAGAAAGUCCGUCUUCGUCGUAUUUUAAUGAAAAGAAAAACAAAAUUUAUGAAUUUAUGAAAUAUUAUAAAUCAAACACACGAAUGAAAAGUAUCAAUAAAAUUCAUGAAGAAAACAAAAUUUGUGCAGGUUUGUAAAUACACUAAAUGAGCACGUAUAUUUCCAUCCUCAAAAAAAAAAUUAUCCUGCCAUCAAUAAGUGAAAACAAGACAAAAAUAAAAAGGAAAAAAAACCAAUUUAAAAAUUUAUCAAUUGACGUCAGAAAUGUGUGUAAAUAAUGUAUUUUGCUCCAAAACCAAGAAUAGAUAGAGUCAAUCGGAGCGAUUGCAAACCAUGAUGUUUUGUUCAAAUAUUGACGAUUUUUUUUAACUUUUUAAUUUGUAUCAAGCACGUUUUAAACAAACAAACAAAAAUUGUGUUAGGAAUACUUUUAUCGCAUUCGCUUCCUAUGCAAAGAUAAGACCUUACGAAAAAAAAUAAAAAUAAAUAAAAAGAGGAUAUAAAUAUUUGUAACGAAAACUAACUCUAUUUAUACGUCCUUUAUUCACUUUAAUCCGAGAUGCCAAAUCAAUAUUUAAAAAAAAUGAUUGCAAAAUAUACACAAUUUAUAGCUUUGACUUUGCUUAUGAAAGAUUGCAUUAAUAAUAUUGUCAAAUAAACGAAACUCAAUUUAGAAAUAAAAUGUGUAGGAAAAACGUUCACAUGCAACAAGCGUUGAGCGCAAAAAAAA